AUGUCGACACCUGGACGUAAACGUGUUCAACCUAUUUUUAUCGAAGAUGAUGAUGAUGAUACUGACUGCAAUACCAAUGGAAUUUCUGUAUCUUCAUUAUCAUUUGAUAUUAAUCUACAAGAAAAGACUACACCUAUCCUAACAUCACUUUCGCCUGAACUGUGUUCAUCGCCAUCAUGCUUGCCAUCAAGAACCGACAUCCAACAGUCAAUUAAAAAGAAUCCAUAUGUUGCUUUAAAUUUUGACGAAUUGUCUCAUAUAAGAAAUGUUCAAACAAAUAGUGAAUUCGCAACAUUACUUUAUGAUUUUAAUCUAUAUACAACUGUUGUUAAUGGUUAUAUAUGUUUUUCAUGUCGAAAAGUCAAAUUUUCUCUAUUAAAUCCGGGAAUUUGUUGUACAAUAUGUUUGCAACGUAUUUGCUCAAAAUGUCAACGAAAAAUUAAUUCUCGUCAAGAUAAUGUUUGUUUUGUUUCAUUAAAUUUACUACGACGUUAUUCAACAGCAGUGUCGUCACCAUUUUCAAAUAAUAUAACUAUGGGAAAAAAUGAAAAGGCUGAUUCCGAAUCAUCAUCAUCUUCUACAUCGACGGCGAACAGAUUGAAAAACUUUAAUAAGAAAAAAUUUUCCAAUAGUAGUUUUGCAUGUUGUCUUGACUGUUUUAUAUUGUUUGAUCCAACAACAAUUGUAUAA